AUGAGUAACAAGAAGGUUAGAGGAGCUCUUGUUGCCCUAGUCCGAUCAAUGAUUGCUCAAGCAAAUAGAGAUAUGGGGCCUAGGGUAAAUGCUUUUGAUAGUACCAUCACCUCUACGUUGAGGGACUUUGUGAGGAUGAAUCCUCCGAAUUUUGUUGGCUCUAAGCUCCGUGGUGACAUGACAUUAUCUAGGCCCAUUGUGUAUGUUCAAUCUAUUGUGGAGUAUACACUUGGGAGGAGAGGUGUAGAUGUGAAGAGGGUAAGAACCUAUGAGAAAGGUCAACCUUUGUUUAAGAAGAGGGCUCCGAAUCAACAUGUUCGUAGUUCUCCUAAGGAUAACUAUGAUAGAGCUGGUGGUUUCCAACAUGAUAAACCUACCUGCUCAAAUUGUGUGAAGAAGCACUUUGGGAAGUGUUUAGCCGGUACUAUUGGGUGCUUUGGAUGUGGAAAGAAUGAUCACAAGGUGAGAGAUUGUCCUACAUUUUCUUCUAGGGGAAGAGAUGUCAAGAAAGCUUCUUAUAAUGGUCCAGCUGUGGGUGAACGAAAGCAGAUUCACUUCUAUGCUCUCGAAGCUAUAAGGAAGAAAAUUCGAAUAAUGGUGCAAAUAAGUUAUAAUUCCUCACCAGAGUGA